GCCCACGUCCUACGUCAACUCAAAAUCGAAGUGGAUUUCUCUAGGCGUACACUCCUUAUUUUCUGUAUUCCAGUCAACAUUGUUGUACAUAGUUCUUUAACAUUGUAUGUUUAAAGCAACAGAGGCAUAGCGCUGAAAAGGAAUAUACUUAAGGAAUACUACUUAUGUGAUGAAAAUCUCUUUCUUCCAGCUAAGCUAUCGUAACUGCAUCUGUUAGCAAAACUUGCUAGCGAAGAAUCUAGCGUUAGCUUCUAGCUCUCCCCACUCUACCGUCGAGCAAGCUAUGCAUUAGCAACUUAGCCUGUCUCGCUAACCAGUGACAACUGAUAAAAGGGCCCAGAUGACGUGAUCCCGAACAUGCCAGAGUAAAAAGAGUUUUUCCAGUUUGUGACUGCUACAUUUGAUACACACUUUAGGCUUCAAGACAUAUUCCCAAAAGUCCAUGCGCCAAUCCUCUCUGCAGUUCCUCCAAUACUUGAACCAUGUGAGGGCCCCUCGGUCAAGUCUGAGGGGAACCCAGGACUGUUGAAAAGAUAACCCCGCUGUGCGGGGCUGGACUCAUCCUGUCUCUGUUUGAGAGAACAGUCUAAUCAGAAGCCCCCAUACCCAUCCACACAUUUUUGUUCUCCUUACCGAGGAGACACGCCAUGAUGUUCCGAGACCAGGUAGGUAUCCUCACAGAUUGGUUCAAAGGCUGGAAUGAGUGUGAACAGACGGUGGCACUCUUAUCCCUCCUGAAGAGGGUGUCCCGCACUCAGGCACGCUUCUUACACAUCUGCCUUGAGCACUGGCUGGCAGACUGCACAGAAAUCCACAUCCUUGAAGCUGAGGCCAACAAUGCAGCAAUUGUCAGCCAGUGGCAUCAGGAGCCAAAAGAGAAAGUGGUGUCCUUGCUGCUAUCCCAUUUGCCUCUGCUGCAGCCACGUAAUGGCGAGGCCAAAUGUGAGUACAUGAAGCUGCUACAGAAGGUAUUGAGUCACACUAUUGAGAGUAGCCUGUUUGUGGAAGAAAGUAGACAGCUGCUCUCCUACGCACUCAUCCACCCUGCCACCACACUGGAUGACCGCACCUCACUGGCCAUGUGGCUAAACCACCUGGAGGAGCACCUAUCCGGUGGUUAUGCUCCUCGGGCACCAUCCAGCCCAUACCACCCACGUCAAGGCUCAGAUGAAUGGCCAAAUUCUGCUGAGGCUCUUGACCCAGCAAAUGCAUGGCACGACAAGUCCCCUUCAUCCAGCACAUCACCUGCAGGCCAGAAUGGACACAUGCCUUUCCCAGGCGGGAUGACAUCACCUAUUAACAGCAAUAAUACAGGUUUGGGCGGGCAAAUACAACCUAGCCCUCUGAAGAAGUCCAUGUCCAUUAUUCCUCCCAGUCCCCAGGCUUGUGGCUCUGAGUGGGUAAACCAGGAUGAAACAGGAGCACGACAAAACCUUAUUUCAACAGAUCAUGCACCCCUUUCACCCCAGAGCAGUGUAGCUUCUUCAGGCAGUGAACAGACGGAAGAGCAGGGCUCCACUCGUAACACUUUCCAAGAGGAUGGCAGUGGCAUGAAAGAUGUCCCUGCUUGGUUGAAGAGUCUCCGCCUUCAUAAAUAUGCAUCAUUAUUCUCACAGAUGACCUAUGAAGAAAUGAUGAUUCUUACAGAGCAGCAUCUGGAGUCUCAGAAUGUCACUAAAGGAGCACGGCAUAAAAUUGCCUUGAGUAUCCAGAAGCUGAGAGAGAGGCAGAGUGUACUCAAAUCUUUAGAAAAGGAUAUUUUAGAAGGGGGAAACCUUCGCAAUGCCCUCCAGGAGCUUCAGCAGAUCAUUAUCACACCCAUUAAGGGCUACAGUCCACUUAGUGCAGCACAGCCAGCUUCAGACACUGCUGCUUCGUCAGAUGUCACAAAAACAGGAACAGAUAAAGAGUCAUCUUCAGAGGGCUUCCAAUCCCACAACCCACCCCAAUGUGAUGGCGACUCCUCAGCCACACCCAUCUCAGACGGAGACAUUGCUGGACAGUUCACUCGUGUCAUGGGUAAAGUGUGCACCCAGCUGCUGGUGUCACGGCCAGAUGAAGAAAAUAUCAGCUGUUACCUUCAGUUAAUUGAGAAGUGUCUGUCACAUGAGGCUUUCACAGAAACUCACAAGAAAAGGCUGGUCUCCUGGAAGCAGCAGGUCCUCAAACUGCUGCGCCUGUUUCCUCGGAAAGCGAUGCUGGACAUGCCUGCGUACCGACAGAAAGGCUGGAACUAUGGGUCAAACUCCCUCCCCACAGCAGGCUCUGUGAGUGGAGGUGUAGGACGGCGGGGCCAAAGGCAGUUUCAAAUGACCCCUCGUGGACUCCCAGCCGGGCGCAUUUGUCUUCCUACUGGAAUGGGGGGAGCAUCUCCACGCCAUACACUCACUAAUCCUGUGCUGGCGGGCCAGGGUAGACAAGUCAGUAUUGCUAACUUGUGGUUUGCCAACCCUGGGGGCAGUAACAGCAUGCCAAGUCAAAGUCGCAGCUCAGUGCAGCGGACCCACUCCCUCCCUGUCCACACAUCCCCACAGACCAUGCUCAUGUUCCAGCAGCAAGGUAUUGUACAAGAAUGCCAAGUUCCAGGUGCUGACUUGGAGAUAAACCCCACGCUGGAGUCACUGUGCCUCAGUAUGACGGAGCAUGCCUUAGGGGAUGGAACAGACCGGACAUCAACAAUAUAAAAAAAGGAAGAGAG